GCCUCCUCGUUUUUCUUUUCCAAUCAGUUCUGCUCCAAAAUCAAGUUGAGAAUGAAUGUCAAAAAAUCUGUGGAAAUGAUUCUACGUGUAAGAAUGACUCUGGGAAUUACAGAUGCUCUUGCAAAAUAGGAUUUUGGAGAGUAACAAAUCAAGAGAAAACUUUCCUGAAUAUCAGUGAAAAUGACUGUGUCGAUUGUGGCAACUACCUGAAAAAAAACAAUGAAUGUAAGAACGGAUAUAACCCGUGCGACGGAAAUACUGACCGGUGUUGUGCUAAUCCUACCUGUGGUGUUGAACAGUGUGGAAAACAUAGUAAAUGUAAACCAGACUGUGAUCAGGUCCUUUGUGAAUGCAAACCAGGAUUUCAGUUACCUAAUGGGGGAAGAACAUUCAAAAGUAUAAAUGAAAAUAAGUGUGAAGACAUUGAUGAGUGCAAGAGAAAUGCUUCCAUCUGUGGUCCCAAAGGGAGCUGCAUUAACACUGAAGGGGAUUACCACUGUAAAUGCAAGCAAGGAUAUGCAAAGAGCUUUAAAGAUGAUAGAAAGCUAUGCAGAGAUAUUGAUGAGUGCAGUGGAAGUCAUUGUGAUGCACCUGCCAUCUGCAAGAACACUGUAGGAAGUUAUACGUGUUAUUGCCCACCAGGAUAUUUCCAAUAUUCCAGUGCUGUCCAGGAGAAUAAAACGAAGAUAAAAUGCCAAGAAGCCAACUAUCCCAUGCCUUCAUGGAAUAUCAGUUCAGAUGAACAGAGUGUGUUGCUUUACAACGUUACUACUCAGCUGAGAAACCUCUUCAGUUCACCGCCAAAUGUGAGCAGCCAAAUGGAUUCGAAGAAGCAUUUGGAGCAAACACUGGACAAUCUGGACAAUCUGUUGAAGUUGAUGGAGGAUGAGAAUAAGGAGCAGAGUCACCAACUGGCCACCAAGAUAAUGCAAGUGAUGGAGGCCUGGCUCAGGAUGUUUGCAUUCGCCCUACCCAAUGGAACCACCACCAUCAAGUCCAAAGCAGGCACAGAACUGGUGAUGGAAAUCAGAACAGCAGACAACUCAAGCCAAGAUCUGGCGCAACCGUGGCUGAACGAAACACAGAUGGAAGUAAGCUGGAAAGAAGCAAGCAAGAAGGGAGAAGGCCCCAGUGUUGUUGGCCUCCUCUCUUACCAGAAUCUAGGGUUCAUUCUGACGGGUGCGGAUGUUGAAGGAAGCGACUGGGAACAAAUAGGAAAAUCCAAGGAAUUGAUGCAUGAGCCUGGCAAGCCCAACUAUGAAGUGUUGUCCAAGGUGGCCUCUGCUUUUGUAGGCCAUAAUGAGACCACUGCCCUGAGCAGUCCCGUCACAUUCUCCUUUAACCAUCCAAAACCAGAUUGGACCCUGUCUGUCAUCACAAAGGUUGGGCUGAUUAUAUCGCUGAUCUGCCUAUUCUUCUCCAUCCUCACCUUCCUGUUCUGCCGUGCCAUCCAAGGUAUCCGCACCACCAUCCACCUCCACCUUUGCCUGUCCCUCUUUGCUGCCCAUGUCAUCUUCUUGAGCGCUGGGAUAUCUACCAAUACAAUGGCAUGUGUUGUAAUUGCUGGAUUGCUCCAUUAUUCCUUCCUCUGCGUCUUCUGUUGGAUGCUACUGGAGGGUGUGCAGCUCUACUUAAUGGUAGUUCAGGUCUUCAACACACAUAGCCUUAAACACUGGCACAUCUUCCUUGUGGGAUAUGGGUUCCCAGCUGUCUUGGUGGGCAUCUCCGCUGCCAUCAACAGCAAAGGAUACAGCAGCAGAAACUGCUGGCUUUCCAGAGAACGUGGGUUCUUGUGGAGCUUCCUGGGACCUGUCUCCUUCAUCAUCAUGGUCAAUGCUGUUGUCUUUCUUAUUACUGUCUGGAGGCUUUCCGAGAAGUUUGCUGACAUUAACCCUGAUUUGACUAAAUUGAAAAAGCAGAGGGUGCUCACAAUCACAGCCAUUGCACAGCUCUGUAUUCUAGGCAUUACUUGGAUCUUUGGCUUGUUUCAGUUCAACAAUCAAACCCUCUUCCUGUCUUACCUCUUCACCAUCUUUAACAGCCUACAGGGUCUCUUCAUCUUCCUCCUGCACUGCGUACUCAAAAAACAGGUGCGUGAAGACUAUCACCGCUGGUUGUGCCAGAGCAGACGUGACAAGACUCGGAGUUCUGACAAGUACUCAGAUUUCAGUUCCACAUCCGGUUCCAACACCUUAAGGUCUCCCAAAACUUUGAAAGAAUCUGGAAUGUAACAACAGUUUUCAGAAAUAAUGAAUUCCAAGAGUGCUGCUUUGCAUAUAAAUGUUUCCAGGGAAAAGAUGGGCUGGAAAACAGAACUAUUGCCUGCUGAUUCAGACCUACUGCAAUAAGGACAGUCAAAUUGCCAGAAACCUACAAAGGGAUCCAUCUAGCAAGCUCCGGAACCAGGCCCACCUUAAUUUUAUAUUGGUACAGGACUUCCUCAAAUGUUCCCUUUUCUUUCAUGCUAAGGCUCUUCUCUCUCAAAGAGAGGAUCAUUUCUUUUUAAAAGGUACUCCUACAUAUGACACUUUCAUGAAAGAUCCUUUCCCUGGACACUGGUUAGGCUUCUGCCUGGCUAUUUAUUCAUCAAAAAUUUGAAGUGAAUUUUGCAUAACAGGUCUGAUCUUUUUCAUCCAGUCUAUGGACAGAUCUGAUAGCAUUUCCCCUUGUGUUUAUUAAGUUAUUUUCAAGUACAAACCUGUGAUUGUCCACAGUACUUAUUAAGACAAAUAGAAACAGGGAUGGUAAAUAUGCUGUGCCAAGAGUGUUUAAGAAGUUAGGCAAGGCAAGGGACUGGCAAGGAUGCUGUAAUUGAGGACUGGACAAAGAACUUCACAUUAUUUUGCUUUGUGUUUACGUUUGUCCAAAAAAUAAUAUAAAUUUUGAAUUCUGCCCAUCAGUGAGAUUAUAAAGCCAGGUCUAGAGGCCAUCCUUUUUUAGGUAGCUAAAACAUUUCCCUGGUUCGAAUAGCCCUGCACAUAAAAGUGUAUCUAAAUGUAGAAACAUAGCAUGGUGUAGGCAAAAUACAGAUCUUUUAAAGAGUGAUCUAAUUUUUACAAGGCCUUUUAUUUAUUUUCAAUAGAAAACUAAGCCUUCAUUGGCAACCUUGCACACUGAGCCAGGCUUAAUUAGGUCUAAGUAACCCUAUGCUAUAAAUCUGUUUAAAUUAUAGUUUGUUUCCAUUGCCCAAAGAUUUUAUAGUUCUGCUUCUUGGUGCAUUAAAUGUCUGCCACGCUCAAAAUUCAGAUUCAGCUCAAAAGGCAGAUCUAAAUAAUCUAGCAUCUCAUGGGCUGCCUCAUAUCUGACACGUUUGAGUAGAAGCACAGAAAUAGAGAAAGAGUUUUCAUUUGAUGUUGUUUUACUGCUGUUCCCUGGAGUUCUGCAUGCAGUAACAAGAUGCAAUGACAAAAAGGGGUAUAGAGUAUAUAGAGCAAUCUCAGUUACAAGAAUCCAGGUAAUGCUAUUUAUUCAGACAAGUAGCAACAAUUAUAAACUUGAGCCAGAGAAAAGGAAAAAGUUUUGGUGGUGUUUUUUUUUAUUACCUCGAUGAAACACCUCCAGGGAACAGCAGAGCUUUGGUUAGAUUAGAAAGUUAAAAGCAAUAUCUCAAAAGGCAGUGAUGGAAAAACUCUUCCAUAGUCUUAGAAGAAAACAGUACAAAUACAAAAUCAUCAGGAGUCAAGGAUGACUUCAAUUUUCCUUUUUAAAAAAAUGAAGUUAAUGGAUUUUUUUCUACACUGGCCAUUCCCAGAAAAUAUUGAAGAACUUCCUGUUUAGACCAAUUAGGCUUGAACUGCUUUCAGUAUUCCUAACUUUUUUUUUGUAAAAUGCUUGGUAUUUUUAUUUUAUGUGUAGCUCAAGUUCCAGGUGUGCCUUAUUUGCAUGUAAAUAGCCAAACACCAGAGUUCACAGCUGAUAUUUUUCUACUGAAUUUUGCUGUCAAAAGUAUUCACAGGUUAGACCUAGUCUUUGCAUGCACCUUUUAUUGUAUUGGAAUGUGUAAAUUUGUACUCGAGGGAGAAAUUGGAUGGAUUCAUUUUACUGAUGCUUCUACUAUUGUCUCUCGGUUUCAGUACUUGCCCUGUCUUGAAAUAUAUUCACUCUAAGAGUGCCUUUAAAGAUGUACAAUUUUUUUUAAAUGCUUCUGUCCAAUUACCUACCUACUUUCUUAAAGCAUUUCCC